AUGCUCAUGAGCUGGUCUCCAGAGGAGUGCAGGGGCCAGGGAGAGCCUCGGGGUGACAGACACUCCCUCUGCGCCAGGCUGGUGGAGAAGCCUGACAGAGAGUCUGAGGAGCACCUUGAGCCUGGCCUGGGACCUAUCACCACCCGCACGGCUUCAGGACCUGUCCUUGCCUUCUGGCAGGCAGUACUGGCUGGGGAUGUAGGCUCUGUCUCUCAAAUCCUCGCGGACUCCAGCACUGGCCUGGCUCCAGACUCCAUCUUUGAUACCAGCGACCCAGAGCGAUGGAGAGAUUUCCGCUUCAACAUCCGUGCUCUGAGACUCUGGUCUCUGACGUAUGAAGAGGAACUGACCACUCCAUUGCAUGUGGCAGCCAGUCGCGGCCACACCGAAGUUCUCCAGUUGCUGCUGAAGCGUCGAGCCAAGCCAGACAGUGCCCCUGGCGGCCGCACCGCCCUGCAUGAAGCCUGUACUGCAGGUCACACGGCCUGUGUCCGUGUGCUGUUGGUGGCUGGAGCAGACCCCAACAUCCCCGACCAGGAUGGGAAACGCCCUCUGCACCUCUGCCGGGGCCCUGGUAUCCUUGAGUGUGUGGAGUUGCUCCUGAAGUUUGGGGCACACGUAGAUGGUCGGUCUGAGGAUGAAGAAGAGACUCCUUUGCAUAUAGCUGCCCGGCUUGGCCAUGUGGAACUAGCAGACUUGCUUCUGAGAUGGGGUGCUUGCCCUGAUGCCCGCAAUGCUGAAGGUUGGACCCCACUGCUGGCUGCCUGUGAUGCCCGCUGUCAAUCCCCCUCGGAUGCUGAGGCCACCACCCACCGCUGUUUCCAACUGUGCAGCUUGCUGCUCUCAGUCGGGGCGGAUGCUGAUGCUGCGGACCAUGACAAGCAGCGGCCCCUGCACCUGGCUUGCCGCCGUGGCCACUCAGCCGUCGUGGAGCUGCUACUGUCCUGUGGCGUCAGCGCUAAUGCCAUGGACUAUGGGGGACAUACACCUUUGCACUGUGCUCUGCAAGGUCCAGAUACAGCCCUGGCCCACAGCCCUGAGCGCAUGGUGCGAGCUCUACUCAACCAUGGUGCUGUCCGAGUCUGGCCAGGGGCACUCCCCAAGGUGCUAGAGCGCUGGUGCACGUCCCCACGGACCAUCGAGGUCCUGAUGAACACCUACUGCGUGGUGAAGCUUCCCGAGGAGGCCAGGGGCUUGGUACCACCUGAAAUCGUGCAGAAGCACCAUCGAUUCUACUCUUCCCUCUUUGCCUUGGUGAGGCAGCCCAGGUCCCUGCAGCAUCUUAGCCGUUGUGCCCUCCGCUUUCACCUGAAGGGCAGUCUGCCCCGCGCGUUGCCACAGCUUCCCCUGCCAUCCAGCCUGCUCCGCUACCUGCAGCUGGAGUUUGAAGAUGUGCUUUACUAG